ACACACACACACCGAGCCGUCCCGUCCCGACCCCGCGCGCUGGCUGCCGGCAUAAUUUGCAGACGGCAGGGGGAGGGGUUUACCGACAUCAGCACAGCCGCUCGCUCCAGCACCGAGCAGGCUGCCUGUCUGCAGGAACCACGCCACGCCGUCCGUCCAUCCCUUCAUCCUGACGGGCUUCACUUCACGGAUGUCUGGGUUUCGCACUUCGGGCUUCAGGUAGUGUCGAAGCGGGCAGUUCGUGCGCGCCGGUCAAGGCGUCGUUGGAGGACACGUGCGUGCGUGCAGUUUGAGCGUUUGCAGGAAGCGUGUGUUUCUGCUUCAGGAGGCUGCCCAGAUGAGAAAGGCGAAGCAGCGGUUUUUUCAUACACAAGAGUGCACACAAGGACGCUCCCAAUGAGAAGCCAAAUUCUGCACUGCAGUGGAUUUCUUCAGGUGUGUGUGUGUGUGUGUGUGUGUGUGUGUGUGUGUGUGUGUGAUGGGUGUGUGAUCUGACCAUAUAGACUCAGUUUAGGUUCUGAACACUUUCUCGUUAACAAUCGGAAGAACCUGCAGAAGCUUUGGGGGCGUCGUCUGGAGGUCGCCCCGUCCAUGAAAACGGUGCCAUCCUGCAGUUUCCAGACCACCUCGCCCCCCCUCCCCCUCCCCCCCAUCCUCUUUUUCUUUCCCCAUCACGGUCACAGUGUGGUGGCUGGUUAGUCAGUCUGUCCGUUGGGAGGCCUCAGACUGGAGAGCUGUGACUGACCGGUGGAUUCAUACUGUGGAUUUUUAAAGAACUGCAUGGAUAUUUAUCCAAAUCGACAUUAAUAAAGCAACGGCUGACUGUUCAAAUCCAUUUCGUUGCUCUUGGAGGACUUGCAUUUUUUGGGAUUUAGAAGGUUGGACCAGCUCUUCAUGGGGCUGUAGGACAAAAAGGUGUCAAAUUUCACCUCAGGGAUAAGAUUUCUAUAAUUUUCACGGUAUCGUCCGAGUCAGCACGACGCAGCAAAUCUCAGGUGCCGACACAGGUUGUACAGGCUCCCCAGGUUUAGGUGGAGUUCCAGUUUUGCCUCAGGGAUUAUUAACUAACGGAGUUUCCGUUUUGGUAUUUUCAAAGCGUUGAUUUGACUUUUAACUCAGCAAAUCUCAGGCAACGUCUGUAUUUUUUGGCUUUAGAAACUGUUGCCAUGACAUCUGACAGUUUCCAGUACCGGGUGCUCUUUGAGUACAAGCGUGAGCGCGGCGAUGACAUCAGCCUCCAGCCGGGCGACCUGCUCACUGUCUCCAAAGCCUCGCUGAUGGCGGUGCCGGGGCUGGACUACCAGGACGGGGAUGAGCGGAGCCCCAAAGGCUGGCUGCACGGCACCAACGAGAGGACCAAGGAGAAGGGAGACUUUCCGGGGACUUUUGUGGAGUACGUUGGGGUGGUGAGGGUCGGCCCUCCCGCGGUGAAAUCCUGGCCCAGGCCUGUACCGCCGACCCCUGGGGGGCCACAGAGCGACGUGGGGGCUCAGCCGCCUGGAGCAGCUGCUGCUUCAGCGCACACAGAGAGGAGCUGCCUCCAGCCCCUCCCUCCCCUCAUGAAGUUGCGUGCCAUGUGCAUGAUAGCUCAGAGCAGCUAUCGCUACGUUAGCAGUAGCAUGCCGGUGUUGCCGUGGGAUUAACUGGACUAAUAAAACCGUUGAAACAACGUGGCCACGCUGCUGUGAAAGCUCCCCGAACGUCAUUUAUCAGAGUCUGGUUGGUUGUCUGGAUGUUUCAGCCCAUAUCACAAGCCUUAAUAAAUUAAAAUCUUGUUAUCGUAAUCAGGAACUAUCUGAUCAGAAGAUUGAUAAACAAGUUUAACUCCAAUCCUCCACUGUGUGUGUCUGUGCUCUCUUCCUGUCCUGUCUUUGAUUUCAUUCUCUCCUUCAGUCCU